AUGGCCUUCUCCGUGCCCUCACAGGUGCUCCACAACCACCACCCCGAUUUCGAGGCCGCCGUCAACAGCCAGAUUCAGCUGCAGUUUCACGCGUCGUACGUCUACCUGUCCAUGGCCUUCUACUGCGAUCGCCACGACGUGGCCCUGGAGCACUUCGCCAGUUUCUUCCUGCGCCGCUCUCACGAGUGGAAGGCCCGCGCCGAGAAGCUGUUGGAGCUGCAGAACCAGCGCGGCGGCGGCAUUGGCCUCCACGAAAUCAUGAAGCCCGACCUCGACGACUGGCACAGCGGCCCCCAGGCCAUGGAGUACGCCUUCCACCUGGAGAAGAGCGUCAACCAGAGCCUCCUGGAGCUGCACCGCCUGGCCACUGAAAGGGGAGACAUCCACCUCUGCCACUUCCUGCAGCGCCACUAUCUGCACCAGCAGGUCCUCAUCAUCAGGGAGCUGGGUGGCUACCUGACCAACCUGCACAAGAUGGAGGCCCUGGAAGACCCCCUGGCGGAAAUCCUCUUUGACAGGCUCACCCUGGGCCGCAGCGACAAGGACACCUGA